AUGAGGAGAUAGGUGCGCGCACUCGUUCCGUUUGGAGAUGUGUUUCCCCCAUGUUGGACGACCUAUCUCGCCCGAUAGCUGGGCCGAGACCUGACUCCCCCGCCUUCCGCCCGCCACACAACUCUAAGUUGGACGACGAUUGCAGAGAUAUAUAGCCUCGGUGACUUCCCCGGAGUGAUCAUCACGCAUGAUGUUUUCACUUCACAAGCGUCUUUUCAGUCUUUUGACGAGUAAAGCUUUCAACGGACCCGGCAGUACACGGCGUCGAUUCCACGGGUAACAAUGUCCGGAAAGGUGGAGACCGUCGGAACGGAGCUGACCCCGGCCCGGGAGGAGGAUAUCGAAAAGAUCCCCGCACGGGUGGACAACCCGGAGCAAAAGAUCUCGGAUCAGAUAUCCCACGAGAAGCUCGAGGAGCUGGCACCCAAUGGAGAAGGAGAGUACAUCUUGGAAAAGAUCAACGAGAUGACGGAGGAAGAUGCCCUCGAGAUUAUUGAAGAAUCGGUCGAGUUCUUCAAGGACGACUGGAACUUCCCCUCUGAUAUGAGAGAGAGGAUGAAGAAGCUUCUCGAGGGGCCGAAGAAGUAUGGAGAGGACUACGACCGAGACUUGAGGAUCGAUGCCGUCAUGAUCCGCUUCUCCUCGCCCUACCCUGGAGUUCGCGCCGUGGCCGAGAUUCUGGACGACCAGAGCGUGCCAAUUGAGACGUUCCGCGCCUAUUUCUUGGGUAUAGGCUGGGCCAUCAUCGGAACUUUCAUCUCGACUUUCUUCAACUCAAGGUUCCCCGCCAUCGGCUUGAGUGGUCAGGUCAUCCAGAUCCUGCUGUUCCCAUGCGCCAAGGUCCUCGAGUUCGUUCUUCCCGACUGGGGCAUCACCGUCCGCGGCACGCGGCACUCCCUGAACCCGGGACCUUGGAACUUCAAGGAGCAAAUGUUUGCGACGAUCACGUACAACAUUGCCAUCUACACCACCAACAGUUACGGCAUGAUCCUGGUGCAAAAGUCGCCAGUCUACUACGGUCUCGACUUCGUCAACUUUGGGUACCAGCUGAUGCUCACUCUCUUCGUGCAACUCAUGGGAAUGGGUUUCGCUGGAUACCUCCGACGGUUCAGCGUGUACCCCGUCAAGGCCCUAUGGCCGACCAUUCUGCCGACCAUCGCCAUGAACAGGGCGCUCACCAGGCCGGAGCCCAGAGAGAACAUCAACGGGUGGACCAUUUCGAGAUACAAAUUCUUCUACGUCUGCACCAUCUGCAUGUUUGUCUACUACUGGUUUCCAGGCUACAUCUUCACAGCUCUCGCGACGUUCAACUGGAUGACGUGGAUCUCGCCUGAGAAUGUAACUCUGGCCAUCAUCACAGGAUCCUCUCUUGGUCUCGGCUUGUUCAACCCCAUCACCACUUUUGACUGGAACAUUGCCACAUCGUCGUAUGCUGCUUUGGCUCAGCCGUUCUUUGCGACGUGUACAAUGUACAUCAGUGCCAUUCUGGGCGGCGUCAUCAUCAUUGGCAUCUAUUACACCAACAUGUACAACACAGCGUACCUCCCGAUUAACUCGUCGUCAGCGUUUGCCAACGACGGCACCCCGUACGUGGUGCAGAAUGUGGUUUUCAAUAACCAACUCAACGAGACUGCGUAUCAGGAAUACUCUCCGCCGUUCUACUCGGCUGGCUAUCUCCUCACAGUGGGAGCCAACUACUGCUUCUACCCGGUUUACUUCUUGUACAUCAUGGGCAACCAAUGGAAGACAAUCUCCCAAGCAUACAUCGACUUCUACAAAGGCCUCCGUCACGGAAAGGGCAACUACGAGGGCGCAAUGGACAUCCACAGCAGACUCCUCGCAAAGUACCCCGAGGUCCCAGACUGGUGGUUCCUCAUCAUCCUCGUCGCCGCCAUUGUCGUCUCCGUCAUCUUCCUCAACAUCUACCCCCUCGGCACCCCCGUCUGGAUCGUCUUCCUCAUGAUCGCAAUCAACCUCGUCUUCGCCGUGCCCCUCUCUUUCCUCUCCGCGACGACAGGCACGAACCUCGGCCUCGGCGCCCUCAUCCAGGUCAUCACCGGCUACCUCCUCCCCGGCAACACCAACGCCUUCCUCUUCUCCCAGACGCUUGGGUCGUGGGCGCUUGCGGGCUACGGCGACAAUUACGUCCAGGAUCAGAAGAUGGCGCACUAUGCCAAGAUUGCUCCCCGCGCCGUGUUCCGAAGCCAGAUUGGGACGAUUAUCAUUACUUGCUUCGUAGCUGUGGCUACGCAGAACUUCAUCUUGGAAAAUGUCAAGGGGCUGUGUACCCCGACGCAGCCCAGUCGGUUCACUUGCGCCAAUGAUGGUGCUCCCCUUUACACGAACAGUUUGAUGUGGGGUCUUCUUGGCUCGGAGCGCAUGUUUGUGUCUUUCUAUCCGAUCCUGAAAUGGUGCUUCCUCUUUGGAACUGUCAUCGCCAUUGUCUUCCUGGUCGGCCAAGGCUACGGCCCAAAGUACCUACCUGGUGUUCGAGAAAAGCUACGCCUCAAGCUGAGCCCAAAGACAUUUGCUCGUCUGGACAAGACUCUCUUCCCCUUUGUAGCCUCCCUACUGUGGCUGAACCCGGUCCUUGUCAUUCAGGGCAUCCAGCAUUGGGCACCGUCAAACCUCUCGUACAAAACACCUGGCUUCAUUCUCGGAUACAUCUUCAUGUACUGGCUUCCAAGGCAUCGUCUGGCUUGGUGGGAAAAGUACAACUAUGUCCUGUCGGCUGCCUUGACUGCCGGGGUCGCCGUUUCGGCGCUGGUCAUGUUCUUCGCCGUUGGAUACAACCCGAUUUCACUGAAAUGGUGGGGUAAUACGGUGAGCGGUGCAGGAGUUGAUGGAUCUCAGAUCGGAAUUCUCCCGAUUCCUGAGAGAGGGUAUUUUGGGCCUGAGAAGGGUAGCUUCCCGACAUAGUGGUGAAUACUUUGGCCCUGUAUGAGUGCAGUCAAAGGUGCGAGAACGGACACUGCCCCUCGCCUGGAUGAAAGAAAAGGGCCCGGGAUAGCCGGACAGCAAGAGGUGGGGCCGAAGCCCGAUGCGGGGCCGCCGCCACGGGGCUCAAUGCAGUUCGGCCGCCAAUGUUUGACAUUGAUGCCCCCCCUCCUCCCCCCCCCCCCCUGAGUUCUUGCAUGGAAUAAGCUAGACAUUCUCUCAGAAAUACCUUUCUCGUUUACACGAUCCUUACUUGAUUGAGAGUGGCGAGAUCAAAGUUGACAAGACAUAAUCAUGACGCUUUUAAUGCUAUGUAAAUGUGUUUGAUCAAAUAUGGACAUGAAAAUUUGACCCC